AUGACCGAGGCCAACUUUGGUUGGGUAAUCCGAUCAGUUCAUCGAUGGUCAGCAAGUAUGAUGGUUUUAAUGAUGAUCCUACAUGUAUUUCGUGUGUAUCUCACAGGGGGAUUUAAAAAACCUCGUGAAUUAACUUGGGUCACAGGUGUGGUUUUGGCUAUUUUGACUGCAUCAUUUGGUGUAACUGGUUAUUCUUUUCCUUGGGAUCAAAUUGGCUAUUGGGCAGUCAAAAUUGUGAUAGGUGUACCUGACGCCAUUCCGGUAAUAGGAUCGCCUUUAGUGGAGUUAUUACGUGGAAGUGCUAGUGUGGGCCAAUCCACUUUGACUCGUUUUUAUAGUUUACAUACCUUUGUACUGCCUUUGCUUACUGCCGUAUUUAUGUUAAUGCACUUUCCAAUGAUACGUAAGCAAGACUUAAAUGAUCCUGUAUUAAGAGCUAAAUUAGCUAAAGGGAUGUGA